AAGGCUAAGCAAUGCUGGGUGGAGAAUUCUGGGAGUCUACAAGUCUUAAAUUGCCAAGGUUGGACACCUGUUGUCUGGACGCUCUAAAAUGUUUGCUGGUUUCUCACAUCUCUCUUAUCUCUUUCUCUCUCUCUCCCCCCAUCCUUCUCUCUCUUUCUUUCCUCCGCUUCUCCUUUUUCUUUCUUUAGCAGUUGCUGCAGGCACUUACCUGCCACCCCUCCAGCAGGUAUUUCAAGCUCCUCGUCGGCCUGGGAUAGGAACUGUUGGGAAGCCCAUCAAGCUCUUGGCCAACUAUUUUGAGGUGGACAUUCCUAAAAUCGAUGUCUAUCACUAUGAAGUUGACAUCAAGCCGGACAAGUGUCCACGCAGAGUCAACAGGGAGGUUGUGGAAUAUAUGGUACAACACUUCAAACCUCAGAUCUUUGGGGACCGGAAACCGGUGUACGAUGGAAAGAAGAACAUCUACACCGUCACAGCUCUACCUAUUGGAAACGAAAGGGUUGAUUUUGAGGUGACAAUUCCAGGGGAAGGCAAAGACCGAAUAUUUAAAGUCUCCAUUAAAUGGAUGGCCAUUGUGAGCUGGCGGAUGCUCCAUGAAGCUCUAGUGAGUGGGCAAAUCCCUGUUCCUUUGGAAUCUGUCCAGGCCCUUGAUGUUGCCAUGAGGCACCUGGCUUCCAUGAGAUACACUCCAGUGGGGCGUUCCUUCUUCUCUCCCCCUGAAGGAUACUAUCACCCGCUGGGAGGAGGCCGAGAGGUCUGGUUUGGCUUCCAUCAGUCUGUCAGGCCGGCCAUGUGGAAGAUGAUGCUCAAUAUAGACGUAUCCGCCACGGCGUUCUACAAGGCUCAACCUGUGAUUGAAUUCAUGUGUGAAGUCCUGGACAUCCGGAACAUUGACGAACAGCCAAAGCCUUUGACUGAUUCUCAGCGGGUCCGCUUCACAAAGGAAAUCAAAGGUGGCGAGCGCGUGGGGGCGGGGCGGGACGACGCUCGGUACAAACAGUGGGGCGUGGCCUGCGCAUGGGGUGGAGACGCAGAGCUUCGAAGUGCGGUGGUGAUUGGGCCAACCUCGGAGCGUGGGGGCGGACCUACUACCGGUUUAAAAGUGGAAGUAACUCACUGUGGACAAAUGAAGAGGAAGUACCGCGUCUGUAAUGUCACUCGGCGCCCAGCUAGUCACCAAACGUUCCCCCUGCAGCUGGAGAGCGGACAAACUGUGGAAUGCACCGUUGCACAAUACUUCAAGCAGAAGUACAACCUGCAGCUAAAGUACCCCCACCUGCCCUGUCUUCAGGUCGGCCAGGAGCAAAAGCACACCUACCUGCCUCUCGAGGUGUGUAACAUUGUAGCUGGCCAGCGGUGCAUCAAAAAAUUGACGGACAAUCAGACGUCUACCAUGAUCAAAGCUACAGCACGAUCUGCUCCAGACAGGCAAGAAGAAAUUAGCCGGUUGAUGAAAAACGCCAGUUAUAACCUGGACCCCUACAUACAGGAAUUUGGCAUAAAAGUGAAAGAUGACAUGACCGAAGUGACUGGGCGGGUCUUGCCAGCCCCGAUUUUACAGUAUGGAGGCCGGAAUCGUGCCAUCGCCACACCCAAUCAGGGGGUCUGGGAUAUGCGAGGGAAGCAGUUCUACACUGGGAUCGAGAUCAAAGUGUGGGCCAUCGCGUGCUUUGCCCCUCAGAAGCAGUGCAGAGAAGAAGUGCUGAAAAACUUCACGGACCAACUGCGCAAAAUCUCCAAGGAUGCGGGGAUGCCAAUCCAGGGCCAGCCUUGCUUCUGUAAAUACGCACAAGGUGCUGACAGUGUGGAGCCCAUGUUCCGACAUCUGAAAAACACAUAUUCAGGACUCCAGCUCAUCAUCGUCAUUCUGCCGGGGAAGACACCGGUCUAUGCGGAGGUGAAGCGUGUAGGGGACACUCUCCUGGGCAUGGCCACUCAGUGUGUGCAGGUCAAAAAUGUGGUGAAGACUUCCCCCCAGACUCUUUCCAACCUCUGUCUCAAGAUCAAUGUUAAACUUGGUGGAAUUAACAAUAUCUUGGUGCCCCACCAGCGAUCGGCUGUUUUUCAGCAGCCAGUUAUAUUCCUGGGAGCUGAUGUGACUCAUCCUCCAGCUGGGGAUGGAAAGAAGCCCUCCAUAACAGCUGUGGUGGGCAGCAUGGAUGCCCACCCAAGCCGCUACUGUGCCACGGUUCGAGUACAGCGGCCACGCCAGGAAAUCAUUGAAGACCUUUCCUACAUGGUUCGAGAGCUCCUCAUCCAGUUCUACAAGUCAACACGCUUCAAGCCGACACGCAUUAUCUUCUACCGGGAUGGUGUGCCUGAGGGACAGUUGCCACAGAUCCUUCAUUAUGAACUUCUGGCCAUCCGAGAUGCCUGCAUUAAACUGGAGAAGGAUUACCAGCCGGGGAUCACCUACAUUGUAGUUCAGAAAAGACACCACACUCGCCUCUUCUGUGCAGACAAAAACGAGAGGAUUGGCAAAAGUGGGAACAUACCAGCCGGAACGACAGUUGAUACGAACAUUACUCACCCCUUUGAGUUUGACUUCUACCUGUGCAGUCAUGCCGGCAUUCAGGGUACGAGCAGACCCUCCCAUUACUACGUGCUUUGGGACGAUAACCGGUUCACAGCAGAUGAGCUUCAGAUUCUCACCUACCAGCUUUGCCACACCUACGUUCGUUGUACCCGCUCUGUUUCUAUCCCAGCACCAGCAUACUAUGCCCGAUUGGUGGCCUUCCGGGCGCGAUAUCACCUUGUCGACAAAGAGCAUGACAGCGGAGAAGGCAGCCACAUCUCCGGCCAGAGCAACGGCCGAGACCCUCAAGCUCUCGCCAAGGCUGUGCAAGUUCAUCAGGACACUUUACGUACCAUGUACUUUGCUUGAAAGCCCAACAUUUUUACCUCACUCCAGAAAGCUUUCCGAUUUGUAGGAGCCAUAGAAAGAAAAGAAAAAGAAAGAAAGAAAGAAAGAAAGAAAGAGAAGAAAGAAAGAAAGAAAGAGAAGAAAGAAAGAAAGAAAGAAAGAAAGAAAGAAAGAAAGAAAGAAAGAAAGAAAGAAAGAAAGAAAGAAAGAAAGAAAGAAAAAGAAGCAAAAGAAAGAGAAAGAAAAAAGAAAGAAAUGAAGCAUUGGAGCACCUGGUGGUUAUCCAAUGGAGAGAUCACUGCAGGCCGUGGACAAAACAUUUCUAGGAAACAACCCGUGUUUUCCAGGGUCAAUGCAGGAGAGCUGCUUAACUGGAUGGACACACCUUUGUAGUAUUAAAACGAGGGACUUUCUGUUUUUCAGGCUUUCCAGUUAUCUGACCAAACAAAACGCAAAAUGUUGAAACCGAGGGAGGGAAUCUGUCUUUCAGUUUUAAAAACAAACAAACAAACCAAACAGGUUUUCAUCGCUGGGAUGGUGGGCAGGAGAGACAGGAGACGCAAUAGUAGACUUCUGACUGUGAAAUGAGAAGAAUGCCAGUUCUUUAAUGCCCCAAAUCAAAAAUGCUGUUUCUUAUUGGUUCAGGGUCGGGUGGAGGGGGGAAGGGGAACUUGUAGAGCCUUAAACAGAUGACUAGAUUUAUAAAAAACUAAUAUUUUAGGAUACAAAAUGCUUUAAUUGGCGAAGAAGAAGACGAGAAGCCAGUCGUUUAUAGAUGAAUUUUAACACUCCUCCACAGAAGAAAAGAAAUGAAUUUUUUUUUCCUCCCCUUUCUGUUUACUAAUGGUGUAAGGUACCCGCAGCACUUACCACAAAGGGAAAUUUGUCUUCCGUCUGUUUAAAAAGUGAGUUGGCUGCUAACCCUUUUAAUGCGGCACAAACACACCGUGGGCGAGUGCCUUACUGCAAUGCUGCAAAAACGUUGACAUUUUUUUUUUCACCUUUCAAACUGAAAAGGAAAAACAAAAAAGAAGAAAGAAAGGAAACCAACAAUGCUCUUGAUUUGACUCGGUGUGGUCCAGAUCUCUAGCUUGAAAAUGUCUGGGUUUUGGGUUUUUGUUGAUGUUCACCAAGCAUACCAUUUCAUGUUAGCUCACAGCCUUGUGGUGGAUUAAAAUUCUGUGCACUUUUAUCCCGACAUAGAAAUUUGGACAACUGCUGAUGAUAAAACCUGCUCUUUUUUUUUUUAAAUGAGAUGAAUUGCAAUUGGUUGAAUUGCUUCUGAUGGUGUGGUGAAAUUUUUGUGUGGUGAAAUUCCCUCCCCCUCCUUUUUAAUUUAAAGAACGCUGCGUUUCUGAUGACCAGGGUGUGUGUAAAAGGAAGAAUGUUUUUGUCUGCCCUGCAAGCACAAAAAAAAAAAAAA